CUGCUCACAGAUCAGAAAAGAGCAUAUGACAUCAUCACAUGGCACCUCAAUCAGACACUCGCAGGGCACAAACCACCACAGCUGUUAAUGUUAAUUCAUGGUGAAGGUGGCACAGGAAAAUCCAGGGUUAUCCAAACUGUGACUGAACAUUUCAAACAUCAGUCAGCAGAAGACUCUCUUGCAAAGGCAGCAUACACAGGAAUAGCAGCAUCUGUGAUCGAUGGAAAAACCACUCAC